GGUGGGGCCCGUGACCUUGGGGGCAGCGGGGCGCCAUGGCGGGCCUGAGGCGGCUGAGCGCGCUGGCGGCGGCCCGCGGGGCCCGAGCUCUCCUCCUCGGCGCCCCCGGGGCCAGACCCGCCUUGGCCGUCAUCGCCCGGCAGGACCGGCCCGGGCUCCAGCCAGCCCACCUCACCCCCAGCCGCUGCGCCGGCUCCAAGGCCGCGUCCAUCCACUGGACGUCGGAGAGGGCCGUGAGCCUCCUGCUCCUGGGCCUCCUCCCGGCCGCCUACCUGAGCCCCAGCUCCGUGAUGGAUUACUCUCUGGCUGCCGCCCUCACCCUGCACGGCCACUGGGGUCUCGGGCAGGUGGUGACCGACUACGUCCACGGGGACGCGCUGGUGAAAGGAGCCAACGCCGGCCUCCUGGCGCUGUCGGCCGUCACCUUCGCCGGCCUCUGCUACUUCAACUACCACGACGUGGGGAUCUGCAAAGCCGUCGCCCUGCUGUGGAGCCUCUGAGCUCCACCCUGACCCCACCCCCACCCCCAGCCGCCUGCCACCGCCGCGGGGCCAAGGGAUCCAACGAUGAAGGCAAAGGGGCCCCUCGGGGGAGGCUUCAAACCCCCACUUUGGAGGGAGACAGCUGGAGAGCGGGAGGGGGGCCCAUCAAGCUUGCAGGCCGUCCAGUGUGAACCCUCAGUUUCCCCGAAUUUAGGGUAUGGGACUCAGCAUUUGGGAUGGGGUGUCUCGCAAGUCUGCUCCUCCCGCACCAGUAAUGCUACCUGAGCGCCACAGCCUACGACAAAGGGGGAAAAUGUUUAAUUCGCACAAUAAAACAUUUCAGACCACAGUCA